AAGGAUCUGUCAUACUGAAGUCUGCUUUGACAAACUAGGAAGUUUCUUCUGUGUGGGAUUGAAAUAGACAUUUGUCAGUUCUGAAUAAAAGCUAAAGCAAAAAUGGCUGUCAUAGAUCCUUAUCAACAUAUAGUGGUGAAACACCAGUAUUCACACAUAUUCACUGUGACAGUAAGGAAAGCCACAAAUGUCACAAAAGGAGCGAUUGGUGACAUGCUUGACACUCCAGAUCCUUAUGUGGAACUGUUCAUCCCAUCCGCCCCUGAUUGCAGGAAGAGAACAAAACAUUUCAAUAAUGAUGUGAAUCCCAUGUGGAAUGAGACCUUUGAGUUCAUUUUGGAUCCUAACCAAGAGAAUGUUCUUGAGGUUACUUUAAUGGAUGCCAACUAUGUUAUGGAUGAGACUCUUGGCACAUCCACAUUUCCUAUAUCUUCCUUGAAACUGGGAGAGAAGAAGCAGGUCCAGUUAACUUUCAAUGAUGUCACAGAAAUGACUUUGGAAUUGUCUCUUGAAGUAUGCUCUUCAACUGAUCUCCGGUUCAGCAUGGCUCUGUGUGAUGAAGAGAAGAAAUUUCGGCACCAGCGAAAAGAUAAUAUCAUGCACAGUAUGAAAUCAUUUCUAGGAGAGGAAAAAAGCAAGAACUUGACCACUUCCCGUGAUGUACCAGUGAUAGCGAUAUUGGGUUCAGGAGGUGGAUUUCGUGCCAUGGUAGGGUUUGCUGGAGUGAUGAAAGCACUUUAUGAAUCAGGAAUUUUAGACUGUGCAACUUACAUUGCUGGUCUGUCAGGAUCCACAUGGUACAUGUCAACUUUGUAUUCACAUCCGGAUUUUCCAGAAAAAGGGCCAAAGGAGAUUAAUCAAGAAUUGAUGAACUCUGUCAGUCACAACCCACUUCUGCUGCUCACUCCUCAGAAAGUCAAACGCUACAUUGAAGCACUGUGGAAUAAGAAAAGCUCAGGGCAGCCUGUCACCUUCACAGAUAUCUUUGGAAUGCUAAUAGGUGAAACACUUAUCCAUAAUAGAAUGGACACCACUUUGAGCAAUAUGAAAGAGAAAGUCAAUAAUGCGCAAUGUGCUCUCCCACUCUUUACAUGUCUCCAUGUCAAACCAGAUGUCUCGGAGCUAAUGUUUGCAGACUGGGUGGAAUUCAGUCCAUAUGAGAUUGGUAUGGCAAAGUAUGGCACUUUCAUGUCUCCUGAUUUGUUUGGAAGCAAAUUUUUUAUGGGGACAGUGGUGAAGAAGUAUAGUGAAAAUCCUUUGCAUUUCUUGAUGGGUGUCUGGGGCAGUGCAUUUUCUAUAUUAUUUAACAGAGUGCUUGGUGUCUCCAAUUCUCAGAAUAAAGGUCCCACCAUGGAAGAAGAAUUAGAAAAUAUUAGGCUAAAGCACCUUGUAAGUAAUGACAGUUCAGACAGUGAGGAUGAAUCACAGCACCCAAAAGGCACUGAAAAUGCUGAGGCACAUCAAGAAUAUCAGGACAGCAGCCAGGAAAGCUGGGUGCAGCGAAUGCUGAUGGCUUUGGUGGGCGAUAGCGCCCUUUUCAAUACCAGGGAAGGGCGUGCUGGGAAAGUGCACAACUUCAUGCUGGGAUUGAACCUCAACAGUUGUUACCCACUGUCUCCACUGGCAGACCUCCUUACUCAGGAGUCCGUGGAGGAAGAUGAAUUAGAUGCUGCUGUUGCAGAUCCUGAUGAGUUUGAGAGGAUAUAUGAGCCACUAGAUGUGAAGAGCAAAAAGAUUCAUAUAGUGGACAGCGGGCUUACAUUUAACCUUCCGUACCCACUUAUUUUAAGACCUCAAAGAGGUGUGGAUCUCAUCAUCUCAUUUGAUUUUUCAGCGAGGCCAAGCGAUUCCAGUCCUCCUUUCAAAGAAAUUUUGCUUGCUGAAAAAUGGGCCAGAAUGAACAAGCUUCCUUUUCCCAAAAUAGACCCAAAUGUAUUUGAUCGCGAGGGCAUGAAGGAGUGCUAUGUUUUCAAACCAAAGGAUACCUCUUCGGAGAAAGAUUGUCCGACUAUAAUCCAUUUUGUUUUGGCCAACAUCAAUUUCCGGAAGUACAAAGCUCCAGGUAUUCCAAGAGAAACACAGGAAGAGAAGGAUUUUGCAGACUUUGACAUUUUUGAUGAUACAAAUACACCAUUUUCUACCUUCAACUUCCAGUAUCCCAAUGAGGCUUUCAAGAGGCUUCACGAUCUAAUGGAGUUCAACACCCUCAAUAACAUAGAUGUGAUCAAGCAAGCUAUGGUGGAAAGUAUUGAAUACAGGAAAGAGAAUCCAUCUCGCUGCUCCGUGUCCCUCAGCAGUGUUGAAGCAAGACGAUUCUUUAAUAAGAACAAUCUUAACAACAACCACACAUAGAGGAUAAGUCAUAGGUCCUUCUCCUUCAAGAAACUGGUUCUACCUUUAUAAUUGGAGUGAAAAAGACAUUAUCAAAGCAUCACUGCUGCUGAACAGGGCUGUGCAAAACUCCUGAAAACAUUUUCUUGUAGAUUUUCAAGUUUCAGUAUAAUUUUGUACUUUUUUUUUUU